UCCACAGUUUCCGUCUUCCUUAAUCAGCAUCCCCUCCAUCAAUUAUUCCAUUUUAGCUGAGUCUGACGAACAGGACUCUAAAUCAUGACAUGUAGAAGUCAUACUCCUCCACAAGCUUAAUGUUUUGUUUUUUUCCUUCUGUCCGCAUCAAGUAAAACACUUUGUGCACAACACUCGUGUAUUUUAAUUCACCGUGGAAUUAAAAGCUCUGCCCCGUAGCUCGCAGGAACCUAUUUCAGGGUCGAGCAGAGGAAGCUGCGGGCGGUGUCUGUUUCUAUGGGUGGAGCCGCACAGUCAGGAAAUGAGGAGGAGGGGGGAAGAAGCUGUGAGGCUCUUCCGUCGUCGAUGAGUUCGGAGACGGAGCCGCUUCCACCGCAUGUCAGCCCGCCUCGCGGAGCUCACCGCCAUGAACCCGGACCGGAGAACCGAGCAGAGGAUCUGAGCUGCAGCUGCAAAGAUGUCUGCGUGGUGCCCAAAAACGUGUUAAAACUAGCCGAAGAUGCAAGGGGCCAUUGCACGAGUGUGCGUGGUGGUGGCUGCCGCCAUUUUAAACCAUCCGUUGCUAUCUCCCCAAGAGAACGCGACGCUCCCGGACCAGGACGAGGAGCUGAUGGCUCGAAUGCGGGAGCAUGAGCAGAGGCUGGAAAUGGAGCAGGCCAAGCUGGAGCAAGAGCUCGCACAGCAGGACUCUCAGCAGGAGGAGACCAGCUCGGAGGGAGGGUAUAGUUGGUACUUUUGGAGCACCGUGUCAUUCAUCAUAUUAUUCACCAUAGAGAUGUGCAGGGUGGAUCUUGCUGACGCAGAAAUCCGGCCGUCUGAGGACGAAGACCUAUUUACGGAGAGUGGAUCGGUCAGCCCUCGGACAGUGACACUCGAUAAAGAUGUCCUGAGAAACUUCUGUGACAAAUGCACCUACUCUUCAGCCCAUGAAAACUGGAGGGUGAGGGAGUUUGUAGAGGGCUUUGCCGACGAUUUACUAGAAUCACUCAGGAGUGUGUGUGACGGGGAGGCAGACAUGGAAGUCGGGGACUUUGUCGGGAUCGGCAGCAUGUUUGAGUCUUGGAAGGUGUGCAAGCCCCUAAUGUGCGACCUUUUAGUGCCUUUUUCGCCUCCCGAGCCAUUCUCCUUCCAGUUCCAUCUGUGGUGCAGCCCCGGCAGCUACAUGCCUCCUGAUGUGCAGGGCUGUGGCAAGAUAAAGGUGACCAGGUUUGGGGAGAGCGGGGAGGGCUGUCUCUGUGGCUCCGCCAACCUCGGAGAGGACAUGAUUUGCCUGUUGCACGGCAGGAACAAAUCCGUCGAGGUGGACCACAGUCCCGACGAGCUACUGUGCUCCAAGAACACGUCUCUCUUAGCCAAAGAUCAAGUCAUGAAGUGGUUUCAGAUCUCCGUGACCAAAGCGUGGGGACGCAUCUCUCACAAAUAUGACUUUGAGGUCACUUUUCGCAACUUGGAUGCCGCCGGUGCCCUGAAGAUCCGUUUCCGUUCCGGGAAAGUCAUUGUACUGAACGUCACACCGGUGGUACAGCUGGAGGACACAGAUGCUUAUUUUGUCUCGCACUUCCCGUCAGAUUGUGACAGUUCUCCAGACGCGCACUGGCCCCUCUCUUUUGCCGUGUACGAGAGGAAUUUGCUGAAAUAUUUCACAAAAAUCCUUCCACAGAAUUCCUGUCAUUUACACUGUCUUCAGAUUGUAACUUUCCUACACAGAAUGCAGACAGGGCUCACGGGAAAGACCGCCCUUACCAACUACCACCUGAAGACGGCUCUGUUGCACUUGCUGCUGAGUAAAGGGCUCUCUGUGUGGGGCAUGGACAGUGUUGAGCACAGGCUUCGCGAUGUGCUCUGCUUCCUGCAGAGGAGCCUGCAGGAGAAGAGGCUCCAUCAUGUUCUGAUUGGGAACGGCAAAGUGCCAGAGGAAGUCCGGCUUCCCGGGAUCAUUGGAAAAGCAGAUCCCAUCAAUCUGUUCAGGUCUCUGGUGCUGCAGACGGAGCUGUACGCGACAACGGUCAGACAUUUUCAGGAGAUGUUGAGAAAUGCACCAGUGCUCAUACAAGAGUACACACCUCACUUAUCAAAUGGAGGUUUACACCACAGACUAGGUGAAAGAGUGUGAAGUCAUGUUCAGAGUCUGAACUAUUGCUAACCUUCAACCCUCGCAGGUCUUGAAAUAUCACUCAGCGUAACUAAGUGUAAUCUUUCCAAAAUAAGCGCACAGACAAUUAUUGCUGUUGUGGCGAUCUGGUCAUGUGGUGGUUUUGCUGCAGCUGCUUUCAUUCGACUUCUCAGGCUGAAAAUAAGGCCUCCAGCUAAUACAUAUACAUUAAUUCAGCAUUUCAACAUUGGGUUCUGUUAUUUGUAAAAUGUAGUCUCAAAAUAGGGUACUAUAAUAAUUAAAACUUUUUUAUAGGACUGUUCUUACACUUAAAAAAAAUCAGCAACAACUCAGUGACAUGAAGGAUAAUCAUUUUAACAGAAAUACCUCAUUAUGCCAAUCUAAAUGAGGAAUUUACCAAACAGUGUUUUUGCUUUCAUUCAUACUGUUGCGAAUCUGAAGGCAGCUGUUACAUGUGUAUUGUUUUUUUUACUGCUUGUUACAGAGCAAAAUUUCAUUUAGCGUCUACCAUUUUUUCUGAUUCAAAUGAUAAAUGUUUUUGGAAUGAGCUCCAGUUUAUUAAACGGUACCACCCUUCAGGGAAAACAUUGUAACAUUUUUAUUGUAAUUGAAAAUUCUGAAUCAGUCAUUACAUCCAUCUAUAGAAAAAGUGCCACACUCUGAGAUGUCUUUGAAAACAUCUGGAAUCAUACUAUUACUGUACCUCAUUCCCAUUAUAAUGAUUUGAUAUUCUAAAAAUACAAGCACAUUUCUCCCUUCAGAUGUAUCCGUUAAGUGUUAACUCACCAUAUUUUACUCUUGUAUGUUUUGCAUUACAAAAAUCCUACAUGGCUCCACAAUAACCAUCACCAAAAACAUGAAUAUAAAUGGACGGUUUUGAGUUUUUGGUCAGUAUUUUCUACAGGCCAUAGUCAUAGUUGGGGUUCCCCUCAAUGUAGGACUUGUAAAAGCCCUUGUAGGUGUCCACACUGUGCCUGGUGGCCUUGACAGUUGGGUCCUCCGACAUGCACUCUAUCCACUUCUUCAGCUCAGGUGCGUCAUUAAGGCAGCUGCAAAGACAAAGGGAAUCGAAUAAUUCACGUAAUACUUACAGAACUACGGCAUGUGAACAUCAAUCACACGUCAGGAAUGAAAGACUAUAAAGAAGACGGUUCACUUGUCUUAGUUUUCUAUUGUACCUUUUUGUAAUUUUUCUGCUUUCAAUGGUCUUUAAAUGCUUCCAUAAAUAAAACGUGUUUAUUUUUCAA